AUGUUAGAUGAACUAUAUAAAGCAGAACGUGGAGAGAUGGAAAAGAAACUUCAAGCAAAAGAUGAAGUCAUUGAAUCCAAAGACAAAAGCAUACAGAAAAGAAUACCACGUUCAGUACCAAAAGGAAAGGAAAAGAGUUAUAAGUAUAUGAUUUAUACUGAAGAGUUGGAAAAUGAAGAAGAUAAAGAUAUGGUUAUGUUGCAUUUAGUCAGAAGAAACAACAAAAGCUUUUACGACCUUGCUAAAAUAUAUAAAUCUGACAGAAACUGGUUCUAUCGUGAAAACUUACCGAUUUCAAUGACACCGAAUGAGCAAAUAAAGGAAAUUGUCAAAAAUACUCUUCCUCAAACACACUAUGACAUCAAAGGUUGCACAAUACUUACCUUCAAAGAAGACUUAACAUUACUGAAGGAAAAAAUAACAGAAUAUUUCGAUAACUUCAAAGAGGAAGAAUGA